CAGGUGCAUCUAAACAAUUUAUCUGCACUGAUACCCAGUGCUACAAGAAUGGCUGUCUCCAUGCUUCGGCUGACAAUUGUCCUGGGACUGCUUGUCUUAAUCCUGAUGUGCCAUGCUGACGACAAACCAAAUGACAAGCCAGCUGAGUCAAGCAAAACAUCAGAGCCAGAGUUCCCCAGAUUCCUAAAUCUCUUGGGCACGGAGAUCAUUGAGAAUGCACUGGAGUUCAUCCUCCGCUCCAUGAGCAGGAGCACAGGAUAUGUGGAAUUUGAUGAUAAACGAGGAGAACAUUCAUCAAAGUGACCUCCCCAGGACACACCUACGUGGCUCCAGAAUAAUCCAAGGGCAGCCAAAUCCUGCUUUUCCAGUUCCUCUGCUUCACAAGUCCUCCAGGACAGAGGCCUCAGAGCAACUCCCAGCAAGUUCUCAGGAUUCAGGCCUUGGCUUCAAUCAAGCACAGCUUGUUGUGAACACCCUGACUUUGCCUUUUUGCUUCCAGAAGUCAGAAUAAAUGUGUCCUCUUCAGAGUCACAUAUCCUAGUUUAUCGAGAAGAUUUUUGUUGGUAGUAGUAAUUCCUCCUAAGCAUGUUCAAAGUAUUUAACAAUG